AUGAUAUCCCCUCAAACCAGUCAUGUAUCCUCAAAGCACAAACUUAGAAUCGAGGAAGAAAUCAAUUGUUCAGCUGAUGAAUUAUCGAAAAGUUACAAGCCACCGCUUGUCCAGAUCAGAUCAGUCAGUGUCUAUGGCUUUUACGACAUUCUCGAGGAACUUGGCCGUGGUGCUUUUGGAGUUGUGCAUCAAUGUGUAGAGAAGGACAGUGGCAGAAAGUAUCUUGCAAAGUUUAUCAAUACUCCUUACCCAGUGGCUAAGGCCACUGUGAAGAAUGAAAUUAGGAUAAUGAGCCAACUCCAUCAUCCAAAAAUUCUUCAGAUCAAGGAGGCAUUUGAGGAUCAUAAGGAAAUGAUUUUAAUUCUGGAAUU